UGAUAAGAAGCAACAGCUGGGUUUGGAAAAAUUUUAAAGAACAUUUAAACAAGUAUUUUAUUAACUUCAUGCCGAAUUUAACAGGCAAAUAUGAGCAAUUUACAGACUACAGAAAAAUGGCGGCCCUCCGCUAGCCUUAUCCUGGUGGCGAAAUCGAAGUCUGUUGGUACAAAUUACAAUCUGCUAAUGCUUAAACGUUCCGAUCGUACGGCGAUAAUGCCAAAUCAAACUGUAUUCCCUGGCGGCUUGUUGGACACUGAGGCGGAUGAGACUGUGGCUUGGUUACAAUAUUUUGACGAAUUCGGUAUCAAAGAAGAGGCACUGCGUCAAUUGGUGCUCAUACACGAUAAUAGACCAAAUAUAUUAGCACCCCAGGGUACUGGCUGCUACGACCGGUUCUUUAAGCGCACGAGUAUAUGGGCCAGAGAGAUUAUUUUACGAUUAACCGCCCUGAGAGAAUGCUUUGAAGAGGUCGGCAUUUUGCUGUGUAGAAAUCGUAACAAUUUGGAUUACGGUCAGGUGGCCCAAUAUGAAAAUGUACCAGAUUUAGAAUAUUGGCAGCAACGAGUACACAAUAAACCAAGUGAAUUCCUGGAACUAUGCCGGACUCUAAAAGUGGUACCGGAUUUGUGGGCUCUAUAUGAAUGGUCGGCCUGGGCCAGUCCGGCCACAGUGGGAAAACGGCAUGAGACUGUUUUCUUCAUUGCCUUUGUAGACACACAGCCCACAUUGCUUUCGGAGCCCUCAGAGGUCAAGCAAACGAUGUGGCUAACUCCUCUUGAGUUUCUGCGCCUGGCCAGACUCAAUGAAAUUUGGUUUUUGCCUCCCCAAGUCUAUGAGUUAUCGCGACUAUUAACAAUCAAGGAUUAUGAAAGUCUUCUGGAGUUUUCGAAGCAACGUAGUCGUUUAGGUACCACCAUGUUUAUGCCAGUAGCUUAUGUAUGUGGAGAAGCUAUGGUUUGCGUUUUGCCAGGUGAUGAUUUCUAUGUGAAAGAAUCGCAUUUGGCCACCGAAUAUAUAGAGUUUCCCGGCACAAGUGAAGAAUUUCGAGCUCGUGCCAAACUUGUACAUCGCUAUGAUCUAUUUGGUCCCGCGGCUCUUAAUGUUGAAUUGAAUUUUCCUCCACCAAAUGGACACUUGAAACCACAAAAUUUACCCAAAGACCUUCUCAAAUUAUAGAGUCUGACCUCUGUUGAUAAGAUUCUUAAUGGAUGUGGAUGACCCUAAAAAAAAAAGAAAAGAAGAAAACAAAUUGUCACAAAUUCUUGUUGCUGAAAUUAUUUUAAGCGGAUUGUCGCAAACAGUUAAAAUUAAUUCCAUUUAGCUAUAAUUUUAUAGACGAAAUUUUAAUUAAAAAUUGUACAGUUUUAUUUUUAAGACACA